AUGACGGGCGAUAUCAAUCCCAAUCUCUCAGUAGCUGAGCAGGAGCAGCUCUUUGACCAGCUUUUAAGCAAAGUUCACCCCGAUGAGCUAUUGUGGAGGCAGCACUUUACCACGAUCUCUACUUGCAUUGGCUCUCGUCGCCCCGCUGGGGGUAUCAUCGCAUGCAAUGAGUUCCUCUCCAGUCCAGUGCCAGAUGCAACCAAGGCUAAGCGACAGGCCUUGGCGCUAGACUGUGAGAUGGUCGGCGUGGAGAGUGGACUUAAAGAGCUGGCAUACUUGGCAGUGGUGGACAUCCUUACCGGAGAAGUUCUCGUCAAUGCUUUUGUGAGCCCAACGAGAGUUGUCCAAAAAUGGAAUACCCGAUGGAGCGGGAUUAGGUAUACGGACAUGAAGACCGCGGUGAAGAAGAGGGUUGCGAUUAAAGGAUGGAAAGCGGCUCGCUCAAUGCUCUUUGAGCAUAUGGAUAGCAAGACAAUUCUUGCUGGUCACGCGCUACAUAACGAUCUUAAUGUGCUCGGAAUCUUACACCCAACUAUUGUCGAUACCGCGAUUAUGUCGGCAGAUGAAGUUUAUAGACCGUUGGGAAGGCCGUUCCGACGGACUUGGAGCCUGAAGUCAUUGACAAAUGAUAUACUUGGCUAUGAAAUCCAAGGGGAGAGGAGAGGGCAUAGUGCUCUGGAAGACACUGUGGCUACGCGAGGUCUACUAAUCCAUUGCAACUGA